UUUUUAUCAGCCAGUGAUAUCUGCGGCGGUUGUAGGGUCGCCGGGACGCCAUUACGAAGAAGGUAAAGAGCGGUGUUCCCUGAUUGGUCGGUCGGCGGAGGUGGUGGGGAGGAGACCGUGCCGUAGGCGGACUCAACGUUUUCGAGCGGUCGCACCCUUCGUAAUCACAGACGAGCAAGCAGUCGUUGCUUCAACAUCGUCAAUAUCCGAAAACACGGUGUGACGACAGUUAUCGGUAGCUAUAGUCACUUUUUCAUGAAUUUUGCCGACGAAGGAAAAUACACUGUGUACCGAUUUUGGAGCGCGGUAACCGAACGUCGCGAAUUUCUCUGAUAAUAAUCGAGCGAACACCUUCAGUGCCCGUGCCUCGGAAGUGCUUAGUGUCAGUGACGAGACAUUACGCGUCGAAAACUCAAAUUUCCGUGAACGUUACACAGUUGUCCCGCGAUGGGGCACCCGUCGGUCUGUUGAAGUCAGUCGAUGUCACAUCGCCGUGGAAGCCGUUUCUUUUCGUCCGUGCAUGCCGGUGCUUGGAAGCUCUUCGGUGUCGUUUUCAUCGUUAUUCGACGUUAGUUACGUGCAACCGUGACGGGUGCACGGUAUCCGCCAGAUCCCAUGACGGACAUCAGCAGCAUCGGUAUGGUCUCUUAUUACAAUCCCCUCGCGAUGUACCGGCAACAACAGCAAUCGGCCGGUCAGCAGCCGCUGGCACAGCAAGUUCAGCAACACGGUCAAGCGCAACAGGCGCAGCAACACGCGACCGUCACUUCCGGCGACGGCGGCCAGCAAUAUUGGUACGGAUAUCCUCACAGCCACCCGCAUUCGACCCAUCACCAAGCUGCCGCUGCCGCCGCCGCCGCUACUCAACAGUAUCUCGAUCACACGGAGGUACUGUCCGGUUGGUCGCAUCCUCACGCGCAUCAUUACACUCAUCUUCAAUACCAGCAUCAACAAGCUUACCAGCAACAACAACCGCAAAUGACCACGGUGCCCGAUUGGAGCGGAGACGAGACGAAUCCCGCGGUCGGCGCCGGAGAACCAAGUCCGCCCAUCACCGUCAGCGGAAGCGAGAUCAGUAAUCCUGGUACACCGUCCACUCCGCCGGCUAACAACAACAAUAAUUCCACUACAAAUAACAAUAAUAAUAAUAACAACAACAAUAACAAUACGACGCCCAUGAGACCGGCGCAGAUCAGAAGUCCCUACGAGUGGAUGAAAAAGACGUCCUACCAGAGCCAACCGAAUCCAGCAUGCAACAUAACUAUAAACUGCAAUGCAAGUGCAGGUUCAACGAUUCACGAGCUUUGCACCAUUGACGCCCUUGGAAAGACACGAACAAAAGACAAAUACAGAGUGGUUUAUACGGAUCACCAGCGGUUGGAGCUCGAGAAAGAGUUCCAUUACAGCCGUUACAUCACGAUUCGUCGUAAGGCCGAACUUGCUGCAAAUUUAGCGCUCUCUGAACGACAGGUGAAAAUCUGGUUCCAAAACCGACGGGCGAAAGAACGGAAGCAGGUGAAGAAGAGGGAAGAGUUGGAACAGAAGGACACGAAAUCGGGGGACGGUAUAACGAGCGGAGCAAUGGCCAGUCUAACUCUCGGUGGAAUGGGAGGAAUGCUGGGCGGUUUGAUGCACAACGGAGGCUCUCCACCGUUGACCCUAGGCCACCCGUCUCAUCACACGCUUAAUUUGGGCCAGGCGCCUACUUCGCUGCAUCCGCACGCCCAUCAACACGCUCAUCUGCACACGGUGUUGGGCUUGUGACCUGAGGAACCUGAACUCGCUGAUACUUGGUCCAGUCAUGGCUGACCUAGCAACGCCAUCGUUUCAUCCGCGAUCACGAAAAGAUCAUCGGUCACCAUCACCGGCACGCUCGAUCUUUGCGACAGAACCUGCGUCCUCCGUGAGUUUUCCACACUAUUCGCGGCUAAGAUCGAACAUUUAUCCAUCCGCGAGGCUCUUCCGCCGAAGUUCGAUGAUUUCAAAUCGGGGUUCACGUUUUUCAUUCAUCGUACUUCGCCGCGUUAGAUAAACGGCCGGGGAACGAUGGUCUUUGUUCGUGAGAUUGUGUCAAGACUGGUAACUGUGUGGACGGAGAUUUUAUUUUAUAUUUUUUAUUUCUGGAUGUCUGUUGGGUCUGUUUGUUGGCAUUUAUCGUUAUCCUCGUCCCACGCGUCGGUUCACGAGGAAUUGUAAUGACGGACAGCGAGGAGUUCGAGGGUCUACCACGGCGUCGGUCGCGACACGCUACGUUUUUAUGCUCAGUAUUAUUUUCAAUUUCGCUAGAACGAAGUUCUGACCACGAAUCGCUUUACGAUUUUUACCUAAGGAUUAUUAUUUUCUUUCUUUUUUUUUUUUAACGAGCACAGAAGAUAACGAUAGAUUUAUUUUAUGUUACAACGCUUCGUGGAUGAUUCAGAAAACAAUUGCACUGACGAUCGGAUCUCCGGCUAGCCGAUAUUUUACGAAAAACGAAAACAAGGAACACGUGCAAUCUUUGCCUUAGAAAACCACGAACCACUGUACUCGUAUCCAGUGGUUAGAAUUUAACGUCGCAUUAAGUUAGAUUUUAAACGAAAAAAUGUUAGGAAAUAUAUGUACAGGGACCUCGAAGGUAACUCGGAUAAAUUUAACAAUAAAAAUGAUAAAUGGGUUCAUUCGAUGCGUUCUAAAAGUACAACUCGCAAGAUGCUCUCAGAAAAUUUAAAAAUUAUAGAAAAAAAAAAUUAUUCUGCUUUGAAGUAUUCAAUUCCUUUUUGAUAUGGAUCGAUAUGACUCUACAGCAUCAUUAUUCUGUUGUUGUACAAGAAUACUCAAAAGCGCGUUAUGGUUUCUGAGAGUUUUGUAAGAUGAUCUUGCGAGCUAUUAUUCAAUCACAUAUUUAUUAUUUUUACUGUUAAAUUUCCUUGUGUUAUCUUUCAAGUCCCUACAGUUCGUGGGAUGGGGGAUCUGAAAAUGACGAACGGGAAUGAAGAGGAUUGUUAGUGUAAAAGACAUUGCGUGAGGCGAAAACAUGGUAAAAAUGUACCGGGGUGUACGAGAAGCAAAGACGGACGUUCAGAGUCGAACGUCGAAACAAGAUGGCUGGAAUCGGGGUCCUCAUACCCAGCCGCAAGGACCGUAGAAAUUUGGAUCGAGUAAAAUUGUAAAACAGCGUAGUCUAUAUCGAGAAAUCACGCGUACUGCUUCACCUAUGCGAAAUGGGAUGCGAUAAACGAUGUGUUUUGUUUUUUUAAAUACUUGUUAAAAAUCACUUUGUGGGGAAAGUGCAAGAUGGGAAUUAUACAUACGUAAACUAUAUAUGCCUUGAAAACCACGAGAAACGAAGUCGUGUCGUAAUUACGCAACUUUUAAACGUACCGAUUUUAAUCUUCGACUUUUAUUACCUUCUCGCUCGAAACGAGUUUCUCUUUUUUCUUUUCCGUUCUCGAUAUUUUAUUUCGCUUUACGGCUACUCGACGGUAGAUUCUUAGAUCGAAUUUUAAUGACAAUAAAGAAUAAAAGAAAAAGAAAAAAAAAGACGAAAAAUAUACAGGCUGUUUUCGAGAGGGAAAUGAAAAAUAAGAGAGCCGAUGUUUACGAGCCGUGUGCCUUGAGCGUUGCCAACCCUUCAACACGCAAUCACGAUUUUCUGUAGACGCGCGCGUGUAUAUGUAUGCAUGUGUAUGUGUGUAUGUGUGUGUGUGUAUGUUUGUGAAUAAGAGGAAGAUUGUAACGCAACAUUAAAAAUCUCACGUGAAUUAUGUGUACAUAGUUACAUAAAAUACCGCAAUUCGUAAGUUAUUAUAUUAAAUAUUAACAUUAUUAAUACUAAUGAAUGUUACACGAUCGUUAAGCCUAGUAUUAUAUCGAUAUGUGAUCGCAUUGCAAACUUUAAAAUAUACGGUCUAAUGUUUAGUAA